CGUCCCUUGCAGAGUAGAGUGGCGGAGAAGAGAAACUCUCUAACACUGCACUCACAUUUCUAGGUUUCCAUUUCAUCUUCGCAAUGCAAAAGAAGCUAGGAUUCCCGGUCUCCAAGAGCCUCGACCAAUUCAAAUCGUUGUACGGUUCAAUUUCGGGAACUUCGAAGCCAUUUUCUUCGCGUCCUUCCUCGGAUUCCAUUUCAUCGGGUAGUUUCGCGAACCUGAAGCUCACUGCAGAGAAAUUGGUGAAAGAGCAAGCUUCGGUGAAGACUGAUCUCGAAAAUGCGAAUGCUAAGCUUAAGAAAUCGCAGGAGCAUGUGCAUGCAUUAGAAGAAAAAUUGCAGAAUGCCUUCAACGAAAAUGCCAAGCUCAAGGUCAAGCAGAAGGAAGAUGAGAAACUGUGGAAGGGAUUGGAGUCCAAGUUCUCUUCUACCAAGACUUUAUGUGAUCAACUUACGGAGACUUUACAGCAGUUGGCUGGUCUGGUUCAGGAUGCUGAAAAAGAUAAGGAAACAUUGGAAAAUAAACUGUCAGCAAGUUCAGAAGCUCUCGAUAGCUUGAAUAAACAGAUGGAUGGUUUGUCUUUGAAGCUAGAUUCUGCUCAGGAAACAAUUAGGACCCGUGAUAACGAACUAGAGAAGCUCAAAUUUGCUACGGAAGAAAGGGAGAAGCUUCACAUAAAUGAACAGUGCAGAGUUGCCAAUGUUAUCCAAGAGAAGGAUACAAUGAUAAGGAAUUUUGAAGAAAUGUUAACAUCUAGUAGAUUGGCUACAGAAAAUUUGAACACAAAAUUGGAAGAGGUUCACCUUCAGUUGAAAGUUAAAGGAGAUGAAAUUAUGCAUCACAUAACCAAUCAAGAGAAAUUGGAGAAAGAAAAGAGUGAUCUUCAAUUGUGCAAUGCUGAGCUUGCCGAAAAGCUUAACAUGUCACUUGAGGAAAUCAAAAACCUUGAAGAGUCACUUCAAUCAUUGGCUGCACAUUUGUCAAAUGUAGACAUAGAAAGCCUGAAUCUUUUGAGCAAGUUUGAUGAAAUGAAUUUGUUCUAUGCUUCUUGCUUCCAGUUGAAAGUUCAAGAAUCUACUGCAGCCCAGCUUACAGAGAACUCUCGAUUAGCUGCUGAGAGAAUUCAAAGUUUGGAGUCAGAAGCUGAAACUUUAAUCUCAAAAAAGAAAGAAGCAGAGGUAUUAAUAACAAAAUUAGAAGAGAAAGCUGAAUUUCUGUUAGAAAGUUCUAGAUCAUCAGAGAAUCAAGUGCAAGGUUUACUGCUGAAGGUUUCAGCAUUAGAGACUGAAAACAAAGAAAAUACAGAAAGACUGCAGGCAGAGAUAUUGAACAAAUCAGAGGAAAUAGAUACUUUGCAAAAGGAGAGAAUGAAACAAGAUCAGCAUGCUGAUUCUCUUGAUAAAGAAGUCAUCCAGCUUCAUAAUGUCUUGGAGGAAAAAGACAAGUGUAUUUUACAUUAUAAGCAACAAGAAAAGAAGCUGGAAGAUCAGAUCAAACAGAAUCUAUCAUUAUUGACUGCUGCUGAAAGCAAACUUUCAGAAGCUAGAAAGCAAUAUGAUCAAAUGGUAGAGAACAAACAGUUAGAAUUAUCAAGGCAUUUGAAAGAAAUAUCUCAGAGAAACGAUCAGGCUAUUAAUGACAUUAAGAGGAAGUAUGAAUUGGAGAAGAUGGAAAUUGUGAACAUGGAAAAAGACAAGGCUGACAGAGCUAUUGCAGAAAUUGAGGGAGGGUGUGACCAAAAACUUGCAGAAUGCAAAGAAGAAUCAAGGCAGAAAUUGAUGCACAUUCAGGAGGAACACACGUUGCUGGUUACUCAAAUGCAGCAGGAGCAUGACAAGAGGCAACUAAGCCUCAUAGCUGAACACAAUGAACAGCUAAAGCGUACCCAACUGCAAGCUGAAAAUGAACUGAGAGAGAAAACAAUGUUUCUGAGGAAUGAUCACGAAGCUCAGAUUAAAGCAUUGAGGUGUGAACUUGAAGAUGAGUGUCAGAAGCUGGAAGAGGAGUUACAUCUUCAAAAAUCUAAAGAAGACAGACAAAGGGCUUUGUUGCAGUUGCAGUGGAAAGUGAUGAGUGACAAGCCCAAAGAGGACCAAGAAGUGAAUUCAAAACAGGAUUACUCCAUUUCAUCAAUUAAGAGAAGAAGUUCUUGUGGUGGGAAAAGAAAUCAGCAUGAUCUUGAUUCUCCUUACUUUGAAGCAACACAAACACCAGUGCCAAAGUUGUUGAAGAAAGUGGAGAACGUAAAAACAGGAAGUGCAGUGGGCAUUCCUAAGCAUCAUAGAAAGGUAACUCGUCACGAGUAUGAAGUUGAAACUUCUAAUGGAAGAACAAUCACAAAGAAAAGAAAAACAAGAAGUACUGUCAUGUUUGAGGACCCUAGAAAUCGAAAGAUAAAUACACCGAAAGUAAAUACUCCUGGAAGUGUUGUUAAGAGCAUCAAAGCUGGAGGCCAUCCUCAUCCUUCAAAUAUCGGUGAUUUGUUCUCAGAAGGGUCUCUUAAUCCAUAUGCAGAUGAUCCCUAUGCAUUUGAUUAAAGUCGAAGUUAAUGGGUCUGAAAAUGAACUGAAGAUUGAAAGCCUCAAGCUGGAAGACAUUUUAUUUCUUCUGGUUUGGAUCUACAGUUGCCGAGGACAAAAUAACAGAUAGCGGGUCAACACAAGUGAUUAGACCAGAUGUAAUUCCCUUGUAAUUUGUUAAUUCAAAUAAUUACAGCCGUUUGCUGGGGUGCAGCGUAUACCAUCACCUGUCUCUGUUCUUGAACGGGCCUGUAGAUGGUUUUGUAAUGUUGUAAAUGAAAAACGUGAC